CUAUAAAUUUGGGCUUCAGAAUUUUAGCUCCCACACAUACACAUAGCCAAUUAAGUCUGCGUUCACCCUACACAUAUUUUUAAGUGAAGUAAAAACACAAUGUAAAUAGGUAAUUCAGUUCAAACUUUUUACUUUCCGCUCACGGAUUUGUAUUCUACGCUUAAAAAUAAAACGAUUUAAAAAAUAUUUCAUUUUUGAGGCCUCCUUAGUUGGGGGACCUAAACUAUACAUUUACCAAUAAGAUUGUGACGAAUUGUGGGUUUUUUCUAAAUACACAUCCUAAUAUAAUUAAUGAUGCCAAGCUGAAAAUGUUUUAAUUUGCUGGUUUUAACACCUUGUAAUAAUGAGUGAAAUUAUCAUGUUCGAUUGUUGGUAUCGAAAUGUAUUUGUCGGUGUAAUCAUGAAAGAAAGUAAUAAUCUAAGAAAGUGUUUGUUUAAUUGGCUAAACAAAUGGCUCAUGACCGAGAGAUUUUAAGAAUGAUCUGGGAGGGUCAAAUUGCUAUAUGCUUUGAAGCUGAUUCCGAAGAAAUCGUUGGUUUACAACAGCCUGAAAACUUUUACUUGAUGGUCUCCCGUUUAAGUUAUUUACCACUAGUUACGGAUAAGGUUAAAAAAUAUUUUAGUCGUUAUAUAUCACUUGAACAACAGGACGGAAAUGUAUGGUUUGAUUACAAUGGAAUCCCUUUAAAAUUACACUAUCCCAUUGGGGUUUUAUACGAUCAAUUAUAUCCUGAAGAAGAUAGUGUACCGUGGUAUCUGACAAUACAUUUUUCAAAAUUCCCAGAAGACGUCUUGGUGAGGAUUUCAACAAGAGACCUCUUGGAAUCACAUUUUAUGUCAUGUCUAAAGGAAGCUGAUGUUCUUAAGCAUAGAGGACAAAUAAUAUCUUCGAUGCAAAAGAAGGAUCACAACCAACUCUGGCAAGGAUUAAGCAAUGAUAAAUUUGAUCAGUUUUGGGCGAUUAAUAGGCGUUUGAUGGAGGCAAAUGGAGAUCAAGAAACAUUUAAAUACAUUCCAGUUCGAUUUUAUGCUGAUGAAGAUAUCUACACUCAAAAGUUGAUAACACCCAUAAACAAAAAUGGGAAAAAGAAAACUGUUGGUGAAAUGAUGAUUGAGAUGUCGACACCACUCAGAAAAGUUGUUGAGGUUCGGACUCAAGGCAUCAGCAUACACGAUGGAGCAAACUUACAAUGGUUAUCCGAACAUUUAAGUUACCCGGAUAAUUUCCUACACUUAUUUUUAGUUUAUGAAUCUAAUAUCUAAUUGUUAAUUAUAAUUUAAGGUAUAGAUCAAACAGACAUUAAGGUUAGAACAUAAAAGUUCAGAAGUUUUCGCGUUUGCCGCAAAAGAAAAUAAGGGGUGUUGUGGAAUCAAAGACAGAUUUGCGUAGUUGUCAGAAUUGCAAACCAAUUCUGAUUUUGAAUGGUGUCACAGAAUCUGAUUGGAUUUGCGUCUUUUUGCAUAUACAAAACCAAUAUUCGAAUCAGCUGUUUACUAAUGUGACAAAAUUUGCAAAUGAAUAAAUUAGGAAGCGUUUUAUAAAUUUGAAAUGCUGAAUGAAGUCUACUAAAGUUUACAAUGAGUUCCGCUAUUUUAGCUUUUAUUUUAUUUGAAGAAAAAAAGCAAUGAAAAAAAUAAAAGGAAUAUAUUAAAAGAUCACAGUAAUCCACUGGAUGCACCAGUGGAGUCGCAUGUGAAACUUGGCUUGCAUUUACUUGUAUGUUUGUAUACAUGCUUAUUUUUCAGAUUUAUAUCACAUUAUCGACUGAAUAAAGACGCAUUUGGGUGUUAAAUUACGUUUGCUUCGUUUUGUAAAUUCUCUUAAAAUAUCUUGAUUUUUUCCAUACACUCGAUAAUUAUGACAUUUUUUGUUUUAUUCUUAUAUUUUAACCUAUUGAAAUAAGGAUAAAUUAAAUCGUAACAAUAAUAUACAUUAUUUUCUUAACUUACAUUUCAAAUGUAAGCAAAAAUCCUCUUGCUUUGUUUCUGAUAACAAAACCGAUAAAAUUGGUUUCCGUGACACCCAAAACCGAUACAAUUUCUGGUUCGAAAGUCAAACCAAUAAUAUGUGAAUUCAUGGCACCUACUACAUUUUUUUUUUAUCGGUUUCAAUUCUGAUUCCGACAACUAUCAUAUUUUACAACACCCCUGAAUAUAUGAUUAUUUUGUACCCACAAUCUUAAACCAUGCGUGGCUGAAUUGAAAAAAAAUUGCUAUUUGUGACCAAAAAGUUGGGGAAAAGUGAAGAUAGAUGGGAGCUUAUAAUACGAAACGCAGAACUUUGUUAUGAUAAUUUUUAUUUGAAUCGGUUUGUCCAAGUUUUUUUUCAAUUUCUUGCUGUUUCAAAGCUUGCAAAGAAAUUUCUUCUGUGUUUGGUACAAAAAAAAUAUUGUUAUUAGUACUGUUAAACAAACACGAAAAGUGUUUUCCGUUUAGGUUAAAUAAAUUAUUAUAUAAAUAACUCGAAUCAUGGUUAAUGCUUUUCUGAAAGCUGAUAAUUUUGGGAGUUUCCAUUGUAUAAAUAACGAGUAAAACAAAAACCAAAUAUAGUUAAGUCUUUGUACUUUUAUUAUACUUAUUUGAUUGCAGCUCAUUUUAUUUUAUAACUUUAGCUAUACAAGUUUAGAAAUAACUUUUCAAAAAAAUACAAAUCUUUUAUGAAUACAUAUGACAUACACAAAUUUA